GGAAAAAAGGGGGAGAGUUUAAUCCGCACGCUACAGGAGAUGUAACCCGGUCUUGAAUGCACUCUGAUUCGCAUAUCUCUUCGUUAUCUUGAUUGUAAAUAGCACUUCUAUUUCACGUAUUCUAGUCUCGAUUUCUUAAAUAUUAUACAUAAGCUUGGUACACUAUCCAGUAUACGGCCUGUCUUGUCAUACCUUUCAGACAACAAAAGAAUCAUUUGGUUGUGAAAUAAUUCAUAGGAUAAAACCAGUACAACUAUUGCUGGUCAACAAUUUAACAGAUGAAGAACCUUUAUUCACGAACUGUUGGAGUUUUGAUCACGAACUGACAUCAGCUUUAACACAAAGAUAGAUUUAAUAACGAAAUCUGAGUUGAGAUGGAAACAGUCUUCCGCUACGGAGAAAAGCCGAUCGAGUUUCAGCUGGAGUCUGACGGUGAAUACUUUUACUUAGCAUCAGAAGUGGGUCGAUAUCUGCGCUUAUUUCGUAAAGAAUUAUUUAAAAAAUAUCCAAAUUUAUGGAAACGGUUAGUUACUCCUGAAGAAAAAGAGAAACUAAUUCAAAUGGGGUUGGCAACUCCUAUAACUGCUACUAAUGCUAUGCUUUUACGCACAUAUGAGGUCAAUGAAAUCAUUUGUGAUCAAGAUCGGUUAGCAGAUUUAAAAAGUGGGGAGCUUAUUGCAAAAGACUGUUCAUCAAUCUCUAAUAAUUUAAAUACGAGCUCCAGUAGUUUACGAAAUUUCAACUCGAAUGCGACUCCUAAAUCAAAUGUUGGUUUCGCAUCUGUCGGUCGAACAAGUCUUGGUUCAAGUGCUAAUUCAGCGACGUCAGCAACGUUACCAGGUGUUAUGAACACUUCCGGUGUCAUUGAUCAUACAACUGCAAGUGGGAAUUUUAAGUCAAGAAGAGAUAGCAGGUGGCUUGGUGUUGGUUCAACUCCAAACACAUCAUUUCAUUUGGACUCAGUUCCUUGUCCAACCCCUAUCAGUCGAUUGAGAACUGCCAGACAGACAAGUAAAUCAUUUACAUUUCCUUUUUGUUUGGAUGAUUCUGAUCCGAUUGCAUUUCAUGAAAAUGCACGUCAACCGGAAUGUUUAGUACCGAUUCGUUUAGAUAUAGAAUGUGAUGGUGUUAAACUACGUGAUUGUUUUACAUGGAAUCGUAAUGAACAAUUAAUCACAUUGGAACAAAUGGCUGAAGUACUUUGUGAUGAUUUAGAUUUGAAUCCAAUAAAUUUUGUUCCAGCUAUUGUGAAUGCUAUGAGACAACAGAUUGAUGCUCAUCCCAUGAAUGAUUUUCUAGUUGGACAAACUGAUACACGAGUUAUUAUUCGUUUAAAUAUACAUGUAGGCAAUAUUUCUUUAGUGGAUCAAUUUGAAUGGGAUCUUUCUGAACCAAAUAAUUCACCAGAACAAUUUGCUUCAAGACUUUGUGCUGAAUUAGGUUUAGGUGGAGAAUUUGUUACAGCUGUUGCUUAUAGUAUUCGUGGACAACUUGCUUGGCAUCAGAAAAUUUAUGCUUUCAGUGAAUCUCCUUUACCGACAGUCGAUGUAGUUUUCCGUAAUUCAAAUGAAGCUGAUCAAUGGAGUCCAGUUGUUGAAGUUCUUACGGAUGCAGAAAUGGAGAAAAAGAUACGCGAUCAAGAUCGUAAUACCAGACGAAUGCGUCGUUUGGCCAAUGCACAACCCAAUUGGUAGACAUUUUGUCUCCUACAAUGUUUUCAGUGUUUGUGCACACAUUUCUUAAAAAGUUUUGUAAACAAUAAUAAUAACCUAUUUAUGUUAAA